AUGAAUCACCGAGAACCAGAGAUCACCACGGCGCCAACUCCAGAAGCAGGGAGCAGCCCCCAGCCCCCUCAGACAAAAGCAAGCACCCGAGCAGAUCAACGGUGGGGGAUAGAAAGAAAGACUGAUUCAGGGGAAAAGACGAUCCAAGAACACCGCCUAAAAGUUACAGCACAAACCAGGGAGGUCACGCAGCGAGGAACGGAGACGCAGGAAAAGUCGCAGCAAGAGCCGAUCUCCGUCACUAAAAAAAAGCUCCAUGCUCCUCGACGACACAAGAAGGAAAAGAAAAAGGAGAAGGAAAGGGAGCGAAAGAUUGAUAAAGAGCGCGAACGCUCCACCAGCAAGAAGAAGAAGAGCAAAGACAAAGAGCGAGACCGGGAGAGGAAAUCUGACGGAGAGAAAGGAGAUGUCAAGUCUGUCGAAGGUAACGGCACCGCGCGGCAGGCCAAAGUAAACGGAGCUGACGACCACCACGAAGAGGACAUGGAUGUCAGUGAUUAGGUCGUCCAUCUUUGUCCCUCCUUUCUGUUUUGGUCGUAAACAUGUUACGACUUUAUUCCCCACUGGGGUCGAUCUAAAAUGUGAAGUGAGCGUCAAAUGUAAUGAUUUUUCGCACAGAAGAGUCGCUGUAUUGACAUUUUGAAGAGUUGGCCAUAUGUCCCAUAGCUUUAAAGUACCCUCAUGCUUUUGCCUCCGGAAAAAAAUCAUAGUCUGUUUAAACUGGAAGUAGGUUUGCUUUGCUUUUCUCGAGCUUGUCACCUUUUUACACAUAUUGUAUCUUUUACAUUAUGUUUGUGUUGUGUGUUGUUCAGGCCUCUUCCCUCAACUUCUCGAAACAGUUAAUACGUUUGUUUCUUAUUUGAAAGUGUCGAUUGUUUUAUCAAGGAUUUCUUUUAUAAUAAAGCCUAUUUGGAAAAAAACAA